GAAGCAGCUGUGUGUACACACCGUACCUGUAUACAGUACAUCAGGGCCUGUGAGCCAGGCAGCGCUGCCGUGUGUGUGUGUAGCGGUGGGGAGGAACUAAAGAGGCUUUUCUACAUGUUAUCGGCGCGGAGAGGUAAUUUAAGAAAAUGGAGGGAGGAAACUUUGGCUACUCCCGAGACCAUCUUGACCGCUUUAUCCAAAGCCAAGACUCAUCUGUGGUGAACAAGUUCCAGCAGAAAUACUGGAAAACCAAACAGACCCUCAUCAAGGUCACUGGGAAGAAGGAGGACGAACAUGUGGUUGCCUCAGACGCAGAUCUGGAUGCCAAGCUGGAGGUCUUCCACUCCAUCCAGAGAACGUGCAUGGAGCUGCUGAAGGUCAUUGAGCAGUAUCAGAGGAGGAUCUGCUUCCUUUCCCAAGAAGAGAACGAGCUUGGUCGUUUCCUGCGCUCUCAGGGCUCUCAGGAUAAAACCAGAGCUGGAAAGAUCAUGCAAGCCACGGGGAAAGCUCUCUGCUUUUCAUCACAGCAGAGACUGGCUCUGAGGAACCCGCUGUGCCGUUUGUACCAGGAGGUGGAAACGUUUCGUUAUCGUGCCAUCUCAGACACGUGGCUCACAGUGAAUCGAAUGGAGCAGUCGAGGACGGAGUAUCGAGGAGCGUUGCUUUGGAUGAAGGAUGUGUCUCAGGAGCUCGACCCGGAUACACAUAAACAGAUGGAGAAAUUCAGAAAGGUUCAGGCUCAGGUGCGCACAACCAAAACAAGCUUUGACAAACUGAAGAAUGACGUCUGCCAGAAAGUGGACCUGCUGGGAGCCAGCCGCUGCAACCUCCUCUCUCAUGUUUUAACCACAUACCAGACGACACUUUUGCACUUCUGGGAGAAGACAUCCCACACUAUGGCAGCCAUCCAUGAGAGCUUCAAGGGCUGUCAGCAUUAUGAGUUCUCCGCAAUUAAGACUUUAAAAGACCCCACGGACAAGAUGACUAAAAAGAAGGGCAAGAAUAAAGCUAAAGCAGAAACAGAGGAAGCAAAAAAAGAAGAAACUACAGAUGAUCAACUCGUCUGUCUUGCAAAUGAAAGCACCAGCAACAUGACCAGAGAAGAGUCAGAGGGAGAGGAGAAGGACAGCAUGGCCUUACUCAAUGAGAUCCUGGGCGGGUUGUCUGUGGACGAGGGCGAUUUUUCUCGGGAGUGGACGGAAGUGUUUGGAGAGACUGAUGAGGGAGCAGGUGCAGCAUCCAGCAGACGAGCAGAGUCCCAGGACAAGGAAAACUCCUUCUUUCUACCAUCACAGCUUUUGGACCAGAGUUUGAAUAAUCUGCAGUCUUCCAUCUCAGAUUGGGCCCCUCAUUCUGCCACUCAGGCAACCGAGCACUCAUCAGGAGCCAAUCAGAGCACUCCUAAGCCACCAGCGAAAGAGGCAGGAGGGACGUCCAAAGACCUCACAGCAUGGUUCAACCUGUUUGCCGACUUGGACCCCCUCUCCAAUCCUGACGCCAUCGGCAAAACUGACACAGAGCACGAACUUCACAAUGCAUAGUUCUUCCUCAGCAUCAUGUUUUAGCUUUCUAAGGGGUACAGUAGUAUUUGGCUUCCACCAUGAACAGAAGGGGGGGGGUGAACAGACUCAUGCUCAAAGGGCCUCAUGCAAGAACAACAUGUUUGUGGGACGAUGCUUUCCCACGAGUGGUCACUCCUUUCAGCUCAUAGGUAGGCAGGCAAAUUGCCUAGUUUUCUUAAUAAGAAUCAAACUAGUUUAAAUAUAACAAAUUAACUUCAAUAAUUCACUGUGUCGUCAUCAUGGCUCGCAAAUUCACCAUUUUCCCUGGUUGUGCACACUGGCAUAUUAUGACACAGUAAUAGGCGGCAGCCUGUCGUAGGGAUUUUGGAGCCGUGAUUAUGCCAGUGAUCACAGGUAAAAUUUUGUGUAUUCAACUUAACCUUUUUAGCAAAUACUAUAGAGAAGAGAUUUAGGAUAAGAACACAAAAUGUUCUUGCAUGAGGCCCAAUGAACAUCUAAAAAUGAUAUGUAAGAUUUUAUAUUGAGGAAGAUGUGGUAUGUUUAAAAAAAUAAAACAAAAACUUUUUACAGGGAAAAAAAGUGAUGUCAAACUACAAGGCCAUAACAUGAAAAUAUGCUUUUAAUAACUACUAGGAUCAUCUCAGUGUAUGGGACUUAAAGGGGACCAGUUAUGCUUUUCCUUAUAUAUAGUAUUAAAGGUUGGCCAUAGUUUCCGAUAAUGAGGUCAGCAUGUGUACAUGUAAUCCCUGUGAAAAGAUAUCCCUAAUAUGGCCAUCUCAGGUAUACAGCUCUGGCUGUGAGCACAGAAGCCCCACCCACCAACUGUUAAACCCUUCUGUUCGCAACGAGUCCCCAAUCAGAAGAAAUCUGGCUUAAAGUAAGAGGAGUUGAAUGGUUUGUUUCAGACAGACACCAGUAUAAAAGAAUUUCUCUCAAUGCUAAGCUGGUCCAAGGGUAAAAAUGUGGAUGAGAUGGAAUUGAGCAUGCUGAGUCCUCUUUAAGUCAGGCUGUAACCAGACAUGAAGAUUUAUGUAAUGGUGGCAGUAUUAUGCCUAUGUCAGUGUCCCAUGAAAGAAAACAAACAUUUACAGCUAAACGUUUAAUUUUUAGCAGGAAUACCUCAGUACAAGUUAGGAACAAGCCUUUGACAUUAGAUGCCUUGGGAAUCUAUAGUCUCUCUCGUAGCAUCCACGCUUCAUUUGCAGUUCUCAUUACUGAAGAUGGCAAACAGGGGGAACUACUGCGUGAUGUGCACAAGAGGAAAGAAAACACGACAAAGAUAACAGUUCCUUUGUUUACAGAGUUGACUGAAGGAAUUUUAAUGCAUGUUCAACAGAAUUAUUUAAACAGAAGCAUAUUUGGCCAGUAUUGAUCUAUUCCAGCAGUGCAAGUAAACUGAACUCAUUUCCCACCACAUCUGAAGGGGGGGGGGGAUUUAAUCCGUGUACGGUAAUUCAAGUUGUUUCAGACGACUUUUGUUCUUGUUUAAAAAAAACAAACAGCACUGAUGCUUUGUUAGUAUAUGUGAUCCCCUUUAAGUAUAAUCCAGAAGUGUGUUGAUUUAUCGGUCAUUUAUUAUUGCAUGUUGCAUGCCUUCUUUUAUGUUAAGCAGUAAACGUUGACUGAAUGAACUACAUGUUUACUGUAUAGUGAUGUGACAUUUUUCUACUUCCUGUUUUUAUUCAGUGGUUUUUGGUUUUUAUGGGCAUUGUGUGUCAUGUCAGUGUGUUACUUCUAGAGCCAAAAAAUGGAAACUAAGAAUCAUGUAAAUACAAUCUUGUAACAACUUUAAUGACAAUGCUGCAUAAAUUGAUUAUAUAAAUCAGUAAAUGCCUUAA